AAAAACAUAACCUCUUUCCUUUUUCUCUUUAACGCUUUCAGUCACCAAAACGUUGUCGUUGUAAGCCUCUCAUUUUAUUCCCCACACACUCGCCGGAGAUUAUUUAACGGCGACGACGAAGACUUAAUUAAGUGAAAGCAUAAUCUCUGACGAUGGAGACUGAAAUUCAAUCGAAUUUCACUUAUAUGGGACGGACCUUCACUAAUCUCAGUAUCAAUGGAAGUUCCUCAGCUUUCAGCGAUUGCAACAGUGAUGUAUCCGGUGAGUUUCCAACAGCUUCUUCUCAAAGCCGGCGGUUGUUUUUGGCUUGUGCGUCGGAAAAUUCUGAUGAAUUAAUCGAACAACUCGUUUCCGAUCUCGAGUCUAGUUCAAUCGAUGAGCAAAAACAAGCGGCGAUUGAAAUUAGACUCCUAGCGAAGAAUAAACCGGAAAAUCGUAUUAAAAUAGCUCGAGCUGGAGCAAUUAAACCGUUGAUUUCGCUAAUCUCCUCCACCGAUCCUCAGCUUCAGGAAAACGGCGUUACGGCAAUUCUCAAUCUGUCUCUUUGCGAUGAGAAUAAGGAGCUCAUCGCUGCAUCAGGAGCGAUUAAACCUCUAGUACGAGCGCUUAAAGUUGGAACCUCAACAGCCAGAGAGAACGCCGCUUGCGCUCUUCUCCGGCUAUCGCAAGUUGAGGAGAACAAAAUCGCAAUCGGUCGUUCAGGUGCAAUUCCUCCGCUAGUGAACCUUCUAGAAACCGGAAAUUUCCGCGGCAAAAAGGACGCAUCAACUGCUCUGUACUCUCUCUGUUCUGUGAAAGAGAACAAAGUGAGAGCAGUACAAGCUGGCGUGAUGAAGCCUUUGGUAGAACUAAUGGCGGAUUUCAGUUCAAAUAUGGUGGAUAAAUCAGCGUUCGUUGUGAGCGAAUUGAUAUCAGUGCCGGAGGCAAGGCCGGCGCUGGUGGACGAAGGUGGAAUUCCGGUAUUGGUAGAGAUCGUAGAGGUCGGAUCACAACGGCAGAAGGAAAUUGCCGUUUCCAUUCUGUUACAGAUAUGUGAGGAUAGCGUGGCGUACCGUACUAUGGUGGCUCGCGAAGGAGCCAUUCCUCCCCUCGUCGCUUUGUCUCAGUCCGGAACCAGUCGCGCCAAACGAAAGGCGGAGAAACUGAUUGAUCUUCUACGGCAACCAAGAUCCGGUAACGGCGCUGCAACAGCAGUAGCAAGAACCUCUGGUGUGCCAGUCUGAACUUGUGUCCCUACAUGUUUCUCUCUUUUGUUCUUUUUCUUUAUUUGUAUUAUACCAGUCCAACAAAACCACAAAUUAUCAUGGACAAAUAUACAAAACAAAAAAAUAUUAAAAAUUAAAAAUUGUAAAUGUCUUCUGUUAGAAGUAGUAGUGUAGUUUGUAAAUUUGGUGGGUUUUGAUUUUUGGCCAAGGCUUGUGUUUCUUGAAAUUGUGAUAUGAAAUUGUACUACUUUUUGUUUGUUUGGUUUAUA